AUGAAGGACCUAGCUUGUACUUCUGACACCUGUGUGCAUGAACAAAGUCCCAGUAACCAGACAUCAAUAGCAAUGAUGCAAGAGCCUCAAGAAAUGGUGGAAGAGACAGUUACUGUGGAGGAAGACCCAGGCACUCCCACUUCCCAUGUGUCUAUUGUCACUUCUGAAGAUGGAACCACAAGGAGAACUGAAACCAAGGUUACCAAAAUGGUCAAAACAGUCACCACCAGAACAGUGCGUCAGGUGCCGCUUGGGCCCGAUGGCCUGCCCUCUAUGGAUGGCUCGUCUCCCAUGGGAAGCUACACAGAUUCAAUAGACAGAAGGUACAUGAAGAAUGGGGAGCGGUACAUCACACCACAAGCAUCAUCCACGUUAACCCGAUCUUACAACAGCUACAACGAUUCUUACGCUGAAAGCCACGAAGGCCAGUAUCGCCCUUACAUCAGUCACGACGGUUAUGGAGAUCUAUCUGACAACUACGGUAGCUUGUCUCGUGGUGUCAACUACCGUCCUCGCUAUGCCUACGUGCCAGGAAACAGUUACCGGCCAGAUGAUGGUAGCUUCACUUUGCCAAGCAGAAGGGAUAACUAUGGUCCUGUUGCCCAGCCUCAGGUGCCAGUGGGUAGCAACGUUGACUUGAACCGCUCCCAGCCAGAACGCUUCCAGCCAGAGCCCUAUGGACUGGAAGAUGAUAACCGCAGCCUUGGAGUAGAUGAUGAAGGAUAUGAACUAGAUCCUGAUUACUCCACUGUGAACCGGAGGACAUCUGCAGGUGUGCCAGAGAGAGGAAGACCUCACAAAGGAAGGGGCUACGAUGACCCCAUCGAGACAGAGAUGGUUGAAGAGAGGAUCCCUUACCUUCAUGGUGGCUAUGCAGCACCACUGGCACAGCCAGAGAGAGGAAGCAUGGCUAGUAUUGACCGUCUGGGCAAGCGCUCCCCCUCUAUUGACAGCAUUCGCAAAGACCCCCGGUGGAGGGACCCUGACCUCCCCGAAGUAAUUGCCAUGCUCAGCCACCCUAUUGAUCCAGUUAAGUCUAACGCCGCAGCCUACUUGCAGCACUUGUGCUAUGAGAACGAUAAAAUCAAAAAGGACGUGAGACAUCUUAAAGGGAUACCGAUCUUGGUGGGCCUACUUGAUCAUCCAAAGCCGGAGGUCCAUCGUAAAGCCUGUGGGGCUCUCAGAAACAUCUCCUACGGGAAGGAUAAUGAAAACAAAGUGGCUAUAAAGAACUGUGAUGGGAUCCCUGCAUUGAUCAGACUAUUGCGAAAAACAAAUGACAUGGAAGUCAGAGAGCUAAUUACAGGCACCCUGUGGAACUUAUCCUCCUAUGAGCCCCUGAAGAUGGUCAUCAUCAACCACGGUCUGCAGACGCUUACCAAUGAGGUGAUUAUACCCCAUUCAGGUUGGGAGAGUGAGCCGAAUGAGGACUCUAAGCCUCGUGAUGCUGAGUGGACAACUGUCUUCAAGAACACUUCUGGUUGCUUACGGAAUGUAAGUUCAGAUGGAGCAGAAGCACGCAGAAGACUGAGAGAGUGUGAUGGCUUGGUGGAUGCCCUCCUUCAUGCUCUACAGUCUGCGGUUGGCAAGAAGGAUACAGACAAUAAGUCCGUGGAGAACUGCGUGUGCAUCAUGCGGAACCUGUCCUAUCACGUCCACAAAGAGGUCCCCGGAGCUGAUAAGUACCAAGAACUGGAUGCCAGUCAGACUACAAGCACGGGAGGCUCUCAGAAGAAGAAGAAAGACGAUGCUGGUUGUUUUGGUGGAAAAAAAGCUAAAGAGGAGUGGUUCAAUCAAGGAAAGAAGAAUGGAGAUUUGGACAGGAAUUUUGAUACACUUGAUUUGCCUAAGCGGUCUGAAGCAGCAAAAGGCUUUGAAUUACUGUAUCAGCCAGAUGUGGUCCGACUGUACCUCUCCAUCCUCACUGAAAGUCAGAACUUCAACACUCUGGAAGCUGCAGCAGGGGCUUUGCAGAAUCUCAGCGCUGGCAACUGGACGUGGUCCACGUAUAUCCGUGCAACCGUGCGGAAGGAGAGAGGCUUACCAGUGCUUGUGGAGCUGCUCCAGUCCGAUUCUGACAAGGUUGUGAGGGCUGUGUCAAUUGCUCUGAGAAACCUUUCCAUGGAUCGUCGCAAUAAAGAUCUUAUAGGUAGUUAUGCCAUGGGUGAGCUGGUAAGAAAUUUGCCCAGCAGGCAACAGAGAUCUGCAAAGAACCUGGAAGAGGAUACAGUGGUCGCGGUGUUGAAUACCAUCCAUGAAAUCAUUACUGACAGCUCAGAAAAUGCAAGGUCUCUGAUCCAGACGCAGGGCAUUCAGAAGCUGGUAGCUAUCAGCAAGUCAAGCCAGUCUCCCAGAGAAACAAAAGCAGCAUCUCACGUUCUUCAGAUGAUCUGGAGCUAUAAAGAGCUACGAAACGCCCUGCAGAAGGAUGGGUGGAACAAAUCACACUUCCAGUCUGUUUCUGCAACUCCAAAGAGUUCCAAAGGUACUGCUGGCAGGUCUGGCUAUGAUGACAGUACUUUGCCUCUGGUGGAUAAAAGUCAAGAUAACGAGAAGGCUGGGAGCCGUGAUAUGAUACCUAUGGAUGAACUUGGCCCAGAUGGGUACUCCACCAUCGAUCACCGGGAGAAGGAGCGCAAAUACAAGACCAGCGAUAACACAGGAGAUGCCUCAGAGAAAGAACCUUUAAAAGGCUAGAGUCCAACCACAUUUUUUUUAAUUGAGGGGGAGAAACAAACAUUGAAUUGACACAGAGGAUCUCAUCAGUCACCACUGCCAUUCAGAUUUGGAGGGCACUGCAUCACUGGCCAGGCCGCAGAUUCCAGGAGGAUGUGGGGAGAAGACACAACUGACUGCCCUUGCAACCCCGGAGCACCAUGCCUUACAGCGAGACAAUUUGCUUUUUAACUCAGUUACAUUCCCACCAGAAAUAGCUACCGCCUCCCCCUCCCUCCCACUCCUGCAAGAAGAAAGCAAGCAAGAAAAGAGAAUCCAAGCUUCCAUCUAGCUGGCUGCAUUCUUAUGUUACUCUUACGUGUGGAUGGUGCCAAGUAUUAGAAGUGAAGGUCACGUGGCAGGAAAGAAGACAGCUUCACAAGUGAAAGAGAAACUGCAGAAUAUUUGAGAUAAUAUCGUAGGUGUAGCCACGAAGAUAAUAGCACUUUUCUGGUUUGGGGCACAUUGUUUUGUUUUGUUUCGGGGGAUUCCUUUUGAACUGUGAAUCUAGCAUUUUUAAAGGCUUUUUGAAAAAUGUUUAGGUUUUCUUUAUUAUUUCCAGAGAAAGUGCAGGAAUGUUGAGUGGGUUUAUUGGAUUUCAAUGAAGGGAGAAAAUGCAGAAUAAAAACUAUUAAACGCUGGUCAAAUGAACUGGAGAGUGGAUGACAGAAUUGAUGCAAGCUGUAUAAUCUGCUUUUAGAGUAAGCUAUAUCAAUCACAGUGCUAUAUUAUCAUUAUAAUCUGGUGUACAAUACUUCUGCCUUUUGAUUUCUGUAACGGCUCUGUUUUUAUUUCCACUACUGAAGAGCAGUUUAUUGAAGGUUUCAGUGUCCCUGGUUCAGAAAUCUAUGCUGAGAAAUGGAGUUGGCUGGCUUUUUAUUUUCUUGUUCUCAAAAGUUGCAAUAAGGAGCUUUUACAUUUUAAAUGUACCAGUGUUGCAUUGAUGAUGAUGAUUAACAAUUUCUUUUCCCAUAGUUGUUAACACAUUGGAAGAAAAUAGGAGCUUUUUUGUAGGAUGUCUUGUUUUGAACAUGCUAUAAAUUUUAGAUGGGUCUGUCACUUAUAUUUGAUGGUAAAAAUUAUCCAAACAUUGGAUCCAUGUUUGCUUUGGGCUACAGAUCCUGAUGAAAAAUGCCACAAAGGGAACUGGUUUGGCAUUUUUUAAAUCAUCAUCAUGAUUUCUGUGUUCCUUGGGUUUUUGUUUUGAAAUUACGUAUUUCGUUUGGUGUGAGAAUCACCCACGUGCAACGGUUCUCCUCUAAGAUGCCAAGGCCUACUUUGUGUAAGGGGGAAUUUUUACUUCACGAGAACGUACUCUGCAUACAUGGUUUCUGGUAAUGCCGUGAACUAAAUGACUUCAGAUCACUGAUUUUCUCCAGGCAUUGGUCAAGGGCAGCAGAUGAGAAUAGGAAGCAAAUGUCUGGUAGCAUCAGAGGACUUUUGCUGAUUUUAUUUGGUUGCCACUGUUCUUUGAUUGCCACAUUUAGUUUUAAACAAGCUCCUAAAAACGGUGUGACUGGAAAGCACAUUUUUGAAUCUAGCAAACAUCAUUUGCGGUUUUCAGUGCCUGCCGUUUCCUUUGUAAUUAAAAAGGGGAAAUACCCAACAACCUCACCUCCCCCAAAAUAUUACUGUAAUAGUAAACAUUU